GUACAACAGACUGCAUUCUGAUUGGCUCGUAAUGGUAGGCCCCGCCCUGCAGAAGAGUAUUUUUAACGCUAUCGCCUCAACUGCGCACAGGAGAAGUCACCACGACUGAAGCAAAAAUGAUCAACUGGAAGGCUUUGGACAAUGUCCCCGUUCUGCUAUACAUUCUGGCCCUGAAGACACUGCUGCUGUGUUUAGGGUUUGCUGGGGUGAAGAUAUACCAGAGUAAGAAAGCAGAUGAAGCUCUGAAGAAGCAGCAGGCUGAGAAGAAGAGGCUUGCCCAUCAGACACUGAAGCUACUUGACAAUUUGAAGGAAGACUGAGCAGAGGAGAAGCUGCUGUGAACUGGGAACCAUUUGAUUGAACAGAUCAUCAAGCUGCUUUUUCCAGAAUGAGCCAGGAGGACGUUACUUCAGGGGCUGUGGGAAUCCAGGACUGUUAACCACGUCACUUUUAUAUUUAUAUGUCUUGUAUUUAUGUCUGCCCAAGACAAAUUUUUAUAAACUACAAUUAGUACAGAAACCACAUGAGCUCAGAAGUGAGACUGAGAUGAGUCUGUUUUGGGUUUUUUCCGCUGUGACGGAGCCAUUAUCAUUUGCCAAACAUCAUCUUCCUUGUAUGUAUGAGAGUAAAACACUGGCUUGGUGUAAAACUGUAAUGGCAGUGAAAUUAAUAAAUGUGGUUUGUAUGGAAUGUAAUUCAAUCAGGCAUUUUGGCCAUGGAGGUGUCCAGAGGGAGUAACUAACAACAUUUAAAAAAUACUAUUGCAAUUAAAUCAAUUUUGUUUUUUAA